ACAAUUCCCAAAAGAUAAUUUUUUUUUUAGUCAACUUUAGCAUGGGUUCAUAAACUUAUGAGCAGCACUGUAUAGCAGUUUUCAGCGGUGACCCAGAAUGAAAAUGUAACGUUUAGUGUUUUUCUGCUGGAGUUUUAUUUUAUUUCGUUUAAGAUCUGCAGAAAAACCUGUGUCCACAGGUUCCGUGUGUUCCCUGGUUUUAAAUAACUUAUUAAAUGUUUAAAUAGGGGGGUUUAAAGUGUUGUCGCCAACUACGGCCACACAGUGUCAGCAGAGCACUUCCUGUUUCACAGCUUCUGUCUUCUUACUGCUCAGAGUUUUAAAUCUGCCAAACAUCUCAGGACAGAUUAUGAUUUUACGUUGAACAGAAGAAGACAAAUUCAUUCUUUAUUCUUCUUAAAGUUAUUUAAACAUGUUUGGACUCAGUAUGAGAUUAUUGUGAGAUUUUUUUUGAAAAACAAUGAGAUAAUUUUGAGAUACUUAAGUCAUUAUUUCGAGAAAGUCUGUUAUUAAAAAACUCUAAAAAAAAAAAACUCUAAAAAAUUAUUUUUUCUUCACUUUGGCAUAAAAGGGCUUCCGUACUUUCUAGCAUUUGAUUAGAAACUUUUGCCCAAAUAAUUUGCAUUUGAACGUAAUUUAUAAUCUCAGACAAUAUGAUUACUGUUGUUAAUUUAGUUUAUAUCUAAUGUCUGAUUGUCUGAUGAUGUCAAACCUCUUAAUGAACUCAACUAACGUUAUAUAUAUAUUUAUUUUAAAGAUGUUUUUCUGUAUAAUUUGGAUAUUUACUGCCUUGUUCCUCCAUUGAUAAAAACACGAUGACAACUUAAUCGACGGCACUGUUCAGCCAAACUAAAGGUGAGCCACAACCGUUUUUAUAUUUGUAAUUGUGUGUUUUUUUCCCCCGAGGUUUUAUGUGCAUAAUUCUUCAUUUAACAGUUACAUAUGAAGUUAUUGAUCUUUAUCUCUGUCCUCGGUGUGUGUUCAGAUGCUGGGUCUGAAUCCAGAAUGAGCGGCAGCAGCAACAAAUACAGUAAGAUGUCUUCCUGUCCCGCUGGGGUGGGGGGGCUGCAGCCUGACGGAGCGUGGGGAUUGAUGGGAUAUACGAGGCGAGCAGUCAAAGAAUGAAGAGUCUGAAACUAAAAAGAAGCCAAGAUGUCUGAGGGAAAGAAGAUGACAUCGAGUCGCAGGCAUCAUCUCAAGAGUUUGAUCCUGCAGAUCGCUGCUUCCUGGAUUGAGGAGGAGACUAAGGAGGCCGAGGCCGCCAAAGAAGCGUACAUGGCAGAACAUUGCCCCACCCCCGACCUGAGCGGAGACCAGGCGGCUCUGAUGGAAAUCUGCAAAAAGCUGCACCAGGCCCUCGACAAGAUCGAUGAGGAAAGAUACGACGCAGAAGCCAAAGUGUCUAAGACAGACAAAGAGAUUGAUGAUCUGAAGCUGAAGGUGGUGGAUCUGGCCGGAGUGAAGAAACCCGCCCUGAAAAAAGUGCGUAUGUCCGCUGACAGCAUGCUGCAGGCUCUGCUGGGAGGAAAACACAAGGUGACCAUGGACCUGAGGUCCAACCUGAAGCAGGUCAAGAAGGAGGCCAAAGAGGAGGCGGCAGAUGCUGGCGACUGGCGUAAGAACAUCGAGGACAAAGCCGACAGGAAGAAGAUGUUCGAGACUUCCUAAAGACUUUUACUUCGUGUGGGGCUUCUACUUCACCUCUUUAUUACAUCUCACCUUUUUUCAUGGAAUUGAAAAAAAAAAAACUGCUGCCAUUAAAUUGUUUUUUGGAAUGAGGCAA